GUUAUUAUUAUUUUUGUUUAUGCCAUUGAUUUACGAAAAAAACUGUUUUUAUGUUGCAGGAUGUUAGCAAUAUUCGACAAGUUCCAGACCAUCAAGAAGUAUUCGCGGAACCAAGUCGAGAUGAAAGCUUGGUUUUCGAGCUACUAGAUUUGAAGCCUGAUAUCAACGACAAUGGAAGCGCCGUUUGGUUUCUUCAAGACCUCGCGAAUGAGCAAGACGCUCAAGGGUUUACUCUGGUUGACCAUUCAGCGGUGGUUGAGGUUCCCAUUGGGGAUUCUUCAGCUCUUGUUACAACAGCGAUUGGGCAGAUGGGGAUUUCCAAAGGACGACAAGGAAGGGAAGCCCAGAAUGUUGUGCGGGUUUAUCUGGCCAAUCUUAGACUUAAGAAUGCUGGGACUGAUGUUCUCGUUGUGGCUAAUGAGCCCAUUUUGAUUAGCCCUUUGAGUGAAAGUGCUUCCGCUGUUGGCCCCGGGUUACUUCCUGCCGCGCAGUCUGGGUUCUUGCCCAUGUCUGAGGUUUUUAAGGUCGCUGUUUCUAGUUUCAAAGUCAAUGACUGGUCCCUAUUUGGUGGUUCUGGUAAUUGACGCAUAGGGAAGAUAUAGUUUUGGUACAUCUUUCAAUAUUUGGUUAUUUGGACUAGUUUAGUAGCUUUCUAAGUAACUUCAAUUUGAUGAGAUUAAAUCAAAUGCUAGUGUGUAAAUUAUUAUGUGCAAAGUUUUCUGAAGUAACCCUAAA